AUGGCGUUACUCUCUCGUCUCCGAUCAUCCUCCUCUCUCUUAAGACACCUCAAUCCCUCCCCUCAAAUCCGCUCUCUCGCCUCCGCUUCAUCGAUCCUCUCUCCAGAUUCCAAAACCCCACUCACCAGCAAGCAAAAGAGCAAAGCCGCACUUUCUCUUCUCAAAUCCGAGAAAGAUCCAGAUCGGAUUCUAGAAAUCUGUCGUGCAGCUUCUCUCACUCCCGAUUGCCACAUCGACCGAGUCGCUUUCUCCGCCGCCGUCGAAAACCUAGCGGAGAAGAAACACUUCGCCGCCGUAACAAACCUCCUCGACGGAUUAAUUUCAGAUCGAUCUGAUCUCAAAUCGGAACGUUUCGCUGCUCACGCCAUUGUUCUGUAUGCUCAGGCGGAUAUGCUUGACCACUCUCUAAGGAUGUUCAACGAGCUCGAGAAAUUCGGUAUCCCUCGUACGGUAAAAUCCUUGAACGCUCUUCUCUUUGCUUGUUUAGUAGCUAAGGAUUACAAGGAAGCGAAACGAGUUUACAUUGAGUUCCCUAAGAUGUACAAAAUCGAACCUGAUCUGGAAACUUACAACCGUAUGAUCAAAGUGUUUUGCGAAUCCGGUUCUGCUAGCUCUUCGUAUUCGAUCGUUGCAGAGAUGGAGAGGAAAGGGAUUAAGCCGACGAGUUCUAGCUUUGGUCUUAUGAUUGCUGGGUUUUACCAUGAGGAUAAGAACGAAGAGGUAGGGAAAGUUUUGGCGAUGAUGAAAGAACGCGGUGUUCAUGUCGGUGUUUCGACUUACAACAUUAGGAUUCAGAGUUUAUGUAAAAGGAAGAAAACUGCAGAAGCAAAGGCUUUGCUUGAUGGGAUGUUUUGUGCAGGGAUGAAACCGAAUUCUGUUACAUAUAGCCAUUUGAUCCACGGGUUUUGCAACGGGAAUGAUUUGGACGAGGCGAAGAAGUUGUUUAAGGUUAUGGUGAACAGAGGAUAUAAACCUGAUAGUGAAUGUUACUUCACUCUGAUAUAUUACCUGUGCAAAGGUAGUGACUUUGAGACGGCUUUGAGUCUUUGUAAAGAGAGUAUGGAGAAGAAUUGGGUCCCGAGUUUCAGUAUCAUGAAAUCGCUUGUUAACGGGCUAGCUUCGUCUUCGAAAGUCGAAGAAGCAAAGGCGCUCAUUGCACAAGUAAAAGAGAAGUUCACCAGAAACGUCGAGUUGUGGAAUGAAGUCGAAGCCGCAUUGCCUCAAUGA